CCUUUCUCGCGGAAAAACCCUCGUUUCUUUCUCCCAACGUGUGCGACGGCGCUGUGUACGGGCGAAACCGCAGACGCAGCUAGGGUUCCCUCCCUCCGGUGGCCGGCGAAGGCUUCUUCCGGCAAACCUUGCGGAUCCGACCUCCUCCCGUCGAAGAGAGCCCGCGGACACAGAAGAAGCGCCGAGAUUUGAGCUCAUCCGAAACCCUAGAGGUUUCCUUCGGUUGUAAGUCCAAGAACAGCGAUCAUCAGUAUCCAGUCAUAAGAAGGAGAAUCUUUUCAGGGACAAUUCUCAAAGUGCAUAGCAGAGAAAUGGUGGUCGACAAGUCCUUGGAAGCAGAGCAUGCACCCAUGAAGAAGAAGAAAGCUGAGGAGGAGUUGGAGAAGAGGAGAAAAAAAAUUACUCCUGGAUGUUUGAUGAAAGCAAUUAUCAGAUCAGGAGAUGGCAAAGCAAAGCCUGCAGAUGGAGAUCAGGCAAUAUUCCACUGCACCACCAGAACUCUAGAUGGCAUCAUUGUUGAUUCAACUAGAUCAGAACAUGGAGGCAAAGACAAUCCUAGAAGAAAUGUUUUGGGGAAAAGCAAGAUGAUUCUGGGCUUUGUUGAAGGAAUUCCUACUAUGACAAAGGGUGAAGUAGCAAUGUUCAAAAUGAAACCUGAGAUCCACUAUGCUGAGGAGGAUUGUCCACUUACGGUCUCGGAGACCUUCCCCAAGAAUGACGAACUUCACUUUGAAAUUGAGAUGAUUGAUUUCCAUAAAGUCAAAGUCGUCAGUGAAGAUUUAGGAGUUGUGAAGAAGAUAAUUAGUGAAGGGCAAGGAUGGGAAACUCCUAGAGAACCUUAUGAAGUUAAAGCUCGGAUAGAUGUCAAGACAGUUGAUGGGAAAAUCAUUGUGUCACAUAUUGAUGAACCAUAUUCCUUUACUAUUGGUAAAUCUGAGUUACCAAAAGGGCUUGAGGUGGGCAUUGGGACAAUGACACGUGGAGAAAAAGCAGCAAUUUUCCUGAGUAAAAGCUACAUGACAAAAUCUUCUCUUUGGUCGAUGAUUGAAGGGUACGAUGAGAUUCAGUUUGAAGUUGAACUGGUCCACUUUAUUCAGGUAAGGGACAUGCUUGGUGAUGGCCGUCUCAUAAAACGCCGUGUUGUUGAUGGGCAAGGUGAAUUUCCCAUGGACUGCCCUCUUCAUGAUAGCUUGUUGAGAGUGCAUUACAAAGGAAUGCUUCUUGAUGAAGAAAAGACAGUGUUUUAUGAUACUAAAGUUGAUAACUAUGGCCAGCCUUUGGAGUUCAAAUCUGGAGAAGGGCUU